AUAGGGGAUGUUCCUCCAUGGUUACUCCCAGAUCCUGUUGUUGAUCUAACCAUGGUAGAGAAAAGGAAGGAUUGGUCAGAAGUCAGUGAUACAGGGAAACUGGUUGACAAUUACAUUGGCAGAAGUUCUUGGUUUUUUUUACUGCUUUUCACAGAUGGAUCCAAGGACCCAGAUAGUGGGCAGGCAUUUACAUUCCUGAAUUUGAUGUGCAGAUACGUAGAAGACUAACAGAUUAACUUUCAGUGUACUCAUUUGAACUGUAGCCAAUAAUAGUUGCCCUCCAGUGGGUGGAGAACAUAGUAUGCUUAUAUUCUGUCUGUGUUGAAUAGUUUAUCAUCAGGUAAAUUUAAUAGGAGUUGGAGAUAUUAAUAUUAUUAUGGAUAAUUGAGAGAAUGGGUGUAUUAGUGAGAUUCUGCUGGGUCCCAGCACAUUCGGGUUUGGAAGGGAAUCAAAUUGAAGACCAAUUAGCCAGUAGAGCUUUGAAACAAGAUAUAUUUUUUAUUAAUUUUCCACUGGGUAGAGGUGAGGCCAAAUGUAAAAUCAGAGCCAUUUUGACAGAUGUGUGGCAGAAGAGAUGGAACUCUGAGCCCAAGGGCUGUCAUUUAUAUGCUGAGUUAGAAAGGGGGAUUUAGAAAUGUUGUAACCCGUGAUUGACCACACACUAAAGCACAGUAGGUGGCAGCAUGCACCUUUAAUGUUGGGUUGCGGACCGACAUUCUGUAUUAGAAGAGGAAGAAGCUCAACUCAGUUGGGGCUCGCGCAGGCUAUACUCUAUAAUACCAUUUUGUAUCUCAUGUUAUUUAACAGUCUGUAAUCAAGUUUGUUUAGGUAAAUAUACACCGCUAGCUAGCUAGUAAACACUGUCAAAGAUGCGACCGUUUUUUCUGUUGGGGUUUCUGUUGUCGAACAUCACUGCGACGGCGGCGAUUGAGCCUAUCAGUACCAGCAUAGCGGUUGGUAUGGCUGCGGCUCUCACCGGCUUCCUCGCAACCUACCAGAACGUGUUUUACUAUUUUCACGAAUGUUGUAGACCAGAGUGGAUCUCCUUCAACAGAACAGGUUUGGAAGUGGCCCUAGAUCAGAAGUUGUUUGGUCAACAUGUUGCCUCCAGAGUCAUCCAGAAAGCUGUAACGGGAUUCAUGAACAAUAAAAACCCCAAAAAGUCCCUGGUUCUCUCUCUGCAUGGCUGGACUGGCACAGGGAAGAACUUAGUCAGCCAGUUGAUAGCUGAAAACAUCUACAAGGAGGGCAUGGCCAGCAGUUUCGUCCAUCAGUUUGUGUCUACAGCUCACUUCCCUCAUCUGAGUCAGAUUGAGAACUACAAGUCUCAGCUGCAGCAGUGGAUCAAAGGCAACGUCACCAACUGCCCACAUUCCAUGUUCAUCUUUGACGAGAUGGACAAGAUGCACCCUGGCCUGAUCGACUGUAUAAAGCCCUACUUGGAUUACUACGAAUAUCUGGACGGGGUCUCCUACCGCCAAGCCAUCUUCAUCUUCCUCAGCAACGCUGGAGGAGAGCACAUCACGCAGGUGGCUCUGGACUUCUGGAAAGCAGGUCGAGACCGAGAGGGGAUCAAGCUGCAACACUUAGAACCAGCUCUCACCCUGUCCGUGUUCAACAGCAAGCAGAGUGGGUUGUGGCACACCAGUCUGAUAGACAAGAACCUAGUUGACUUCUUCAUCCCUUUCCUGCCUCUGGAGUACAGACAUGUGCUGCUGUGUGGCAUGGCAGAGAUGUCCGCCAAGGGCUUGGUGCCCGACCAGGACGUGGUUGACCAGAUGGCCAGAGAAUUGGUCUAUUUCCCCAAGAGUGAUAAGAUCUUCUCCGUCAAUGGCUGCAAGACCAUCAGCGGCAAGCUAGAUUACUACACAUAGUGUGUGUUUGAGAUCGACUACGUUGCUGCCGGCGGCUGCAGACUGACCAAUCUAAUCAUAAUGAGUAGUAAUUUAGGAUGAAAGGUGGUUUGUCGGUCUGAUCAGUCUGUCUGCAGUUGCUGACUGUAAUGUAGACGAUCUCAGAGGGAACAGCUACUUGUAUCUAUCUACCUCCUACUCUACUGUGAGCUCUUUCUUAAUGAGAACAUCUCCGCCAGUCGGGGUGAGGAAGUCAGUGACUGAACCCAGAAAGGGAAUGAUGACCUGCCCCUCAGGUUCUCCCAAUGUCAACACAACCAUGUGGAGGACAUCAACGGUCUCUCUCUGAUGGCACUCCCUGAAGAUGAACCAAUGGACUACUGAGAGAGAGGAGAUUGAAUUGAAGGAGAUAAAAAAAGAGAAAAAUCACACAGGGAAGUGUUUAAAGUUAUAAUUUUUAUCCAAUCAACAUGCUUGCUCCUAAUUCAUAUAUUCUGUAAACGAGAAUCUCCAAAAACUAUAUAUUUUUUUCAGGGAAUUCUGCUGCACAUGAACUCGGUGGCAAUUGAAAACUAGUUGUAUAUUAGAAACAAAUGUGGUUUAAAGCUACAAUCUGUAAUAAUUUGUGAAAUCAAACGGCAGAUCUGCAACUUGGUUUGCUGUUAAUCUUAGGGAUGCCAGGGCCAGAGAAGUGUAACCACUCUCUCCAAAUGAGAGGGUGCUAUGGAUGCAAGAGCUCACACAGUCCAUGAGAUCAACGUGAUAGUUAAAUUCUUCAAGAAUCAAUGUGUAAAUAUUGUUAAUUGAAAUAACAAUUGAACAGCUGUAACUUGCAGAUUGCACCUUUUUUAAUUGUCAUUAAUAAUGAAAUAUUGUGCAUUUAUGGUGCACGGGAUACCCAUAAAUUGUGUAUUUUAUAUCUGUCGUCAAUACAGACAUGGAAAUAUCCACCUUAAAACGUACAUCUAUUUUGCCUUUGUUUUUUAUCCUUACUCAUUCACCAGAAGCAUUGUGUACAUUUCAACAUCUGUUGUCAGUUUACCUUUGUGGGUAUACAAGUAUUUAGUGUGCAGUCCACACAUUUUUUCAUUUUUCACUUAUUUCAAGAUUGAUCCAGAUUUGUCCUAAAUCGUUUAAUUGAGUAGCCCAACAGCCCUGUGUCUGUAAAUGUAAUGUAUUUAAAAAAAAAAAUAUAUAUAUAUAUAGCUUAAUUACAAUGAAACAAUUAUGUUUUUUUUGUACAAUUGUAUACUGUGCCUUACAGUUGGCAUGCAGUUACUGUUCUCGAUCUAAACAAUGCACAAGAAAGUAUUACAGGAAGGAAGGUUCACUAUUUUUCAGUCAAAUGUUAUGUAGUGAAAAUGUGUUUUUGUUUUACUUUUGUUUGAGUACAUGCAGUGGUGUAAAGUACUUAAGUAAAAAUACUUCAGAGUACUACCUAAGACGUUUUCUUUGGUAUCUGUUCUUUA